UACCAUAACACAAUCCUCUAUAUCAUUACUUGUCUGAGUUUUCAUUUAAUUUACAUAUAAAAAGAUAUGGACAACUCCCAGAACUUAAGCUACCAAGCAGGCCAGGCCAAGGGCCAAGCACAGGAAAAGGGCAGCCAGAUGAUGGACAGGGCAGCCGACGCGGCCCAGUCGGCGAAGGAGUCGAUGCAGCAGGCCGGGCAGCAGAUGCAGGCCAAGGCACAGGGCGCUGUUGACGCCGUCAAGGACUCCACCGGCGCCAACAAAUGAACCAUUUCUUCGUCCAAACACCCCGUUUCUUCGACGGGCCUCGGCUUA